AUGGCUACCACCGCCCCCCUCAGUGCGAAAAGCAAGCUUGCUGGCCCCGGCGCAUCACUCAAAAUCACUCCUUCGAAUUCUCCAAUCCUGAGACCGGGUACACGAUCUGCCAGCAAAACCUCCCACAAUUCCUCCUUGUCCCUCCAAACAGUUAUCGGCACCACAACCACGUCCCCCAAUGGGUUCUCAAGCCACGACCAGAGUAAGAGCUUUGCGCUGUGCGCUGGAUCUGCUGCUGUGCUCGCAGAAUUAGAUGAGGAUGCCAACCUAAGCCAGCGCUUCUUCCGAGCGCGGCCCUCCGCGACCAGCCUUAAUCCUGCAACUUCUUUUUACAAUCAAUCAACUCCACCGGCAACCCCGGACCCCAGGGCGCGCUCCCUAUCUCACAUCAGGUCUAAUCCGCAUAUUAAUAUUCACAAUGGAUCACCGUCCAGCGAUAUUGGCGAAAGCGGUAGCCCCCGCGGAUGGUCCUCGAGAGAAAGAAUCAAAGCAGUCACAAGUGUCUCGAUCAGCCCUAAUGGAAGAUUCCUUGCGGUAGGAGAGACGGGCUAUAACCCUCGAGUUCUGAUAUUUUCGACGGCAAAGGAUGCUUUGCCAGAUAUACCGCUAUCGAUUCUGAAUGAGCAUACAUUUGGUGUAUGCAGUCUCGCAUUUAGCCCCAGUUCCCAGUAUUUGGCGACCCUCGGAAACCCGAAUGAUGGGUUCCUUUUCAUCUGGACAAUCAAUCUCAAAAAUGGAUCAGCCAAGCUACAUUCUGCGAACAAGUGCACUUCGAUCAUCAAAGACAUGUGCUGGGUUGGUCAAAGUCUGGUCACGACCGGCGUGCGGCAUGUCAAAGUUUGGCGUCUUCCAUCGAUGCGACCUAUAUCUCCCACCAAAUCGCGUUUGAAUGUUGACGGAGGUGGACCCUCACCCAACCCUGCCCCAAAAGCGCUUUCUGGAAGGAAUUGUCUACUAGGCGCACUCAGCGAUAGUUCGUUCACCUGUGUCAGUAGCAUCUCCGACCACGAGGCUGUGAUUGGUACGGAUUCAGGCGCAGUCUGCUUUCUCGAUGAUCGGGAGAAUUCUCAAAAGAUGAUCACAGUCAAACAAACUGGCUUUAGCAUCACAUCCGUGGCCAUUGAUUUCGACCAAGAAUCGGUUUGGCUCGGUGGGCGUGGAAGGCAGAUGCAGCGAUUGUCUUUCGAAGCUUUGCGAUCUUGCAACUCGAACAGGCCAGCCUCUCCUACCAGAAUUGAUAAAAGUGUCAUUGACAAGAAAAGCAAGGCACCUGCAAUUACCUGCAUGGGGUCUCUGAACUCGCACUUGGUCACUGUUGAAGCCACCCGUGAAAUCCACAUAUAUCCAAUCAGUACUUUGCGCGAGGAGGGUGAGCAGGAGAAUGGAGAGUCUUCCAUGCAGGCACAUCGAGAUCCUAUUCUCGGAAUUUGCCAUAUGAAGCUCCCCAAUGACUUCUCUGCAGAUUUCUUUUCCUGGUCUCGGAAUGGCUCUGUGAAUUUCUGGGAUGCCCAGGGAAAGUGCCGCGCAUCGAAAGCAAUUGACCUUGAUCAAUUUUCGGGAAGCGAAGAGGAGGUUUCUGCAAACGAGCUCAAAGUUCUGAGGGCUGCGGAAAGCGCGAAUUGGUUUGUUUCAGGUGACAAGUUCGGUGUGCUUAGACUUCUUUCGAAUGCCGAUUGGACAUGUGUCAGCCAAGCUCGCGCCCAUGGCGGGGAGAUCACAGACUUGGCCAUCCAAGAAACGUCAGAUUCCUGGCUAGUGGCCAGUUCCGGCCGUGAUCGAAUGGUGCAACUAUUUGAGAAGAGAGACGCCGAAUUGAAAUUGAUUCAAACUAUGGAUGACCACGUUGGUGCUGUCGGAAAAUUACUCUUCAUCGACGAUGGCGAAAAACUUCUUUCAUGCUCAGCAGACCGCACUGUUCUUAUAAGAGAUCGGGCAACAAGAGAAGUGGAGGGUGGAACAUCUGUUGCCUACCUCGUUUCCAGAGUCAUAACCCUCAAGGCUUCCCCUGUCUCAAUGACACUCUGCCCAGAUGACUCGAGCAUCCUGUACGUUUCUACUAUGGAUCGCUGUAUCUCCAAGUUCGACAUACCUUCAGGGCGCCAUUUGCACUCUUUUAAGGCAUCGGAUUCAGAGACUACUGAUGCAGUGAUCAUGGGCUCGUUGAAAGUUGCAUCGGAGAUACCAGGCCAGACUCCGAAGAUUCUUAUUGGUGUCUCGACCACUGACAAAUCUCUCCGUGUCUAUGAUCUCGAGCGAGAUCAACUUCUGACAGGCGAAUUUGGCCAUACAGAAGGCGUGACAGAUGUGCUCCUUCUGGAGGACCGCACGAAUGAGCCUGAGGGAACACCUAAGCGCACAGUAGUUAGUGCUGGCAUGGAUGGUAUUUUAAUGAUAUGGAACCUGUCCGUUCAGCAGCAAAUAUCGCCGGAACUCCUUCAGAACGGACGAGACGAUGACGAUACUCCUGCCAAAGAAAUCACCGCGGCCAAACCUCCUCUCAGAAAAGUUCUUUCCCGCAGCGAGUUAGCCGGCUUUCAACGUCCUGACAGUCCUAACCCAGCGACUCCAACACCGAUACGCCAACGCUCGCCGACUCUAACGAGAAAGAUAUCUAGGCUAUCGCUAGCACCAUCUUCCUUGAAGAAUCACUCUGUCUCCGAAACCUCAUCUUUCCCAAACCGUCUCUCUCCCUCACCUGGUACCUCACUGGAUAGAAGCCGUCGUUCACCAUCACCCGUGAGCCCCCGAUCCAGGGCCCCAGUGCCCAAAAAGCCGACCAGCUCAAGAAACAAUAACCGGCGGACAUCGAUGGACUUCCGAAACCGUGCCAAAACAACACCACGGAGCGAAUUUGGCAGUCUGGAUAUGUCCACCGAGCAGGUGUGCCGCACUCUCCGGGCCUACCGCAAGAAACUCAACGGUUCCACGCAAGACAUCCAGGCGCAGAAAGAGCUCGAGCGGGAGCUAAGCCUGACCCUUCGUAUUGUCACCAGUCGUGGGCUCAGUAGCGAUGAAAGUGGAGAAACAGAGACCGAUAGCAGCGGCAGAGACAUGGAUCAGAGGUCUAAUCAUUCCUCCCGGUCAUUGAAGUCGCCCCAGACGCCCCGCUAUAUGCCAUCGACUCCCUCAUUGCAGCAUAGAGUGGUACGCCAAGUUUCACGGAGCCGUUCAUACGAUGCCACAGCAAAUGGAGAUGAUUAA